AUGUCUAGUGCUCCCUCAGACUGUUAUUACCACUUCCACCGCCCUCACAUUCUCACCUGCCCACAAAUGAUUACCCACCCUCACACAAGCCUCGCAUUCUCGCCCUCGCACCCUCACCUGCCUCCGCUCCUCUGGGCCGGAUUUGCACCAUACAUUCAAGCCUUCUUGCCAUUCCUGUAUCCUGCCCUCAAAGCACACGAAGAUACCCAGCUGUGCAUGGUUGCCGUCUUCGGCCAUCUGUCCGAGCAAGUGCAAUAA